CUUCUUCCUCUCUAUCUUUACCUCUAUCUCUCUCUCUCUCUCUCUCUCUCUCUCUCUCUCUCUCAUAUUCCAAUUUACAGCCAUGGUUUCUACAGAUGCCGCUCGAACCGCCGUCGGUGUUUUAGGAAACAUCAUUUCAAUCAUCUUGUUCAUGUCACCAGUGCCAACUUUUGUUCAAAUAUGCAAGAAAGGGUCAGUUGAGCAGUACUCAGCAGCCCCAUACCUAGCAACCCUAAUCAACUGUGGACUCUGGGUCCUGUAUGGACUGCCCAUGGUGCACCCACAUAGCUUGCUGGUCAUAACCAUUAAUGGGUCAGGCUUGGUGAUAGAGCUAGUUUAUCUCCUCCUUUUCCUCACCUACACCGAUCGAAAGAGACUGAGAGUGCUACUGAUAAUACUGGGUGAGUUUGUAGUACUCGGCGCCCUCGGCGUUCUGGUUAUGACUCUGGCUCACACCACCAAGCUCCGGUCGCUCAUUGUCGGAAGUGUGGCCAUGCUUGGUAAUGUUAUGAUGUAUGCUUCCCCGUUGUCCGUCAUGAGAAUGGUAAUUUCGACAAAAAGUGUGGAGUACAUGCCAUUAAUCUUGUCGCUGUUUGUGUUCUUAUCCUGUGCUAAUGGCAUUUGCUGGACUACUUAUGCGCUCAUCCGUUUUGACCCCUUUCUCGCUGCUCCUAAUGGGUUGGGCACGUUGUUUGGGUUGGCCCAGCUUAUACUCUAUGCGACAUUUUACAAAUCCACGAAGAAACAGAUGUUGGAAAAGCAAGGCAAAGGUAUUGAGAUGGGCUUGGCUGAGCCCACCAAUUCUGGAGAAGAGGCCGAAAAGAUAAGCACUGCAGCUUCUGAGAUCCACAGGACUUGAUUUGGACACCUAUCUGGUUUUCCUAAAUGGGCCUAGGCCCAUAAAUAGCCCUAUCAAAGUUUAAUUUCUUGUUCGUCAAUUUGAAGUAUAAAAAUGUCACCCAGAAGCAAUGACAUUGCCCAUUUUGCCUAUAUAUAUAUAUAUAUAUAUACUAGUAGGUGACACAAGCAAUGCGUGUGUA